UUUGUUGGUGUCUAUCUAGUGAAUAAUCCAUCUAUGCAAGUUGCUGUUUUAUGACAAAUAACCUCAAUGAAAAAUUAGAAGUGUCAUAAAUUUUAGGGCCGUCGACCGUGCCCGGACAUCCGUCAAAAUUUCUGGUGGAAAUAACUUUCAAAUUUAAAAUGAUUUUAUUUUUAUGACAAAACGUGACAUUGAAUUCAAUUUUUUUGACGUUAUCACUUUCAGAUGUCCUUGGCUAUCAUUUGAAAAUAAUCCGCAGUGCCAGUUCUCACAAUGAGAUUCAUGAACUCCUCAGCUAUCUAAUUUAAAUUAAAGAAUUGUCCCCUCCAGUGCUAUAAUUCAUAAUAAUUGUACUGCAUACUCUGCAAUUUUUCUGAUUUAACAGAACGUGCAUACACAUCGCCAUAUACAUUGUUUUAUUAGAGAAAGUAUCUGUGAUAUUUGCUACCUAAGAUGUCUUAUAUAAUAGAUGCAUUAGAACCAUAUACAGAUGUGGUAGCACAGGUAGCCAGUAUUGUCACCAUAGCUCAUAUGUUCACUGGAGUCUUACUAUGCAGGGAUAUUUAUAAUAAAAAGUCAACUCAAGGAACCCCUGCUAUGCCCUUUAUUGGUGGUAUUGCAAUGGGUGCUAUGGUAUUGAAGCAUGGCUUGAUCCUAAACGACACCGCUAUGCUGCAAGUGAACACUGUAGGUAUCAUACUGAAUUUGGCAUAUAUUGGUGUAUAUUACCAUUACUCUAAAGACAAGUACAAUGAAGUUCUCAGACCACUUGGAAUAGCUGUAGCUAUUGUUUCUGUGGUUAUUGGAUAUGCCCAUGUGGAGAGUGCUGAUAAAGUCGAGUUCAGAUAUGGAAUGGUCGUCACAAUACUCAUGCUAAUGUUGCUUGGAGCACCACUACUAGAUGUGAGAAACAUUAUCGAGAAAAAGGAUGCGUCGUCGAUUAUUUUUUCUCUAACUGUAAUGGCCGCACUAGUGACGUUUCUAUGGUUGUUGUAUGGUCUUGUCAUCAAGAAUGCAUUCAUCAUAUUCCAAAAUGGAGUCGGCUUCACGCUGUGUUCCAUCCAGCUGUUCCUACUGUUCCUUUAUGGAAAACCAGCAGGUCAGAAAAAACGAGCGAAAAGAUUAGCAAAAAAAGAGUGACCCAUAGGACAAUUUUCGGUUAUAUUACAAAUUGUAUUUAUUUGCUUCUUUUAAUUCCAGAUCAUUCCGAUUGAUCGAUUGUUGUACACGAAACAAGCAGUUGUUCAAGACAUGUGGCUGUUAACUUGUAAAGAUAUUUUUUAAGAAAUUUUUUAUAUUGUAAAAUAUACGAUUUGGUUGCC